AUAAGGCCAUGGUGCCAAUGCUUAGUAUCUAUUAGUAAAUAGUUCACAUAGCUGAAGAGAGAUGUUGUCGAUAGUAGUUUUCCUCUUGUUCCUAUCCUCGACUCUUUGUCAGCGCCAAUGCGACCCCCGGGAUCCAAACUGCGUUGACGCAUUCCAGGUUGCUGGUGACAAUUUUGGCGGGGCAAUCGCUGCAGAAAUCCCCUAUAACAAUGUAGCCGACGCUGGCUUCCCCAAUGCACCCAAUACAUUUGACACUGUUGCCGUGGUAGGAUUCGACAACUUUGAUUCUGGCCCUGGAAUGCCUCAGGUCCAAGGCAUUGAAGUCGUAGGACAGCCAUUUGACGUUCAGUCCGACUUCGGACCUGUCCCGAGAGGAGUUAAUAUCAUUGAAACUAGAGCAUUCGAUAACGAUGAAAACCAAGCAAUAAUCAUCGAUACCAGGGGACCAGUGGACCAGAGACCGAUGAACAAUGAUGUUCAGAACUAUCAGCCAAAAAUGGACAAGAAAAUGGAUAUUUAUCCCGGACAGAUGGACAAGAAAAUGGAUAUUUAUCCCGGACAGAUGGACAAGAAAAUGGACAUGUACCCUGGAAAAAUCGACAAGAAAAUGGAUGUCUACCCUGCUAACUUCGAUAAAUAUCCCGUGGAUAAGUACCCUAUGGACAAAUAUCCCGUGGACAAAUAUCCAGUUGAUAAGUAUCCAGUCGAUAAAUAUCCCAUGGAUAAAUACCCCGUUGACAAAUAUCCCAUGGAUAAAUACCCAGUCGACAAAUAUCCUGUGGACAAAUAUCCAGUGGACAAAUAUCCAGUAGAUAAAUACCCAGUCGAUAAAUAUCCAGUUGAUAAAUAUCCGGUGGACAAGUACCCCACUGAUAAGUAUCCUAUGGACAAGUACCCCGUCGACAAGUAUCCAGUUGACAAGUAUCCGGCUGAUAAAUAUCCAGUUGACAAGUAUCCAGUUGAUAAAUAUCCGAUGGACAAGUACCCUGUUGACAAGUACCCUGUUGACAAGUACCCAGUUGACAAAUACCCAGUUGACAAAUAUCCAGUUGAUAAAUAUCCAGUUGACAAAUACCCAGUUGACAAAUAUCCAGUUGAUAAAUAUCCAGUUGACAAAUAUCCAAUGGACAAACAAAAGCCAAAAUACGACAACACAUUAGAAAAAUAUCCUGGUAAGUACGACAAAUUCCAGAAAUACGACAAAUACCCAGGAAAGACACAAGAUAUCUAUUCAGGCAAACUCGACAAGGGAUUCGAUAACUAUCAAAUGGACAAGAAAGGGAACGCAUAUCCUUCUAAAUUAGACAAGACCUACGAACUUUACCCUACCAAAGGAUACGACAAGGUCGCAGUUAGAUUCGAUGAGAGCGACAAGUACCCCAUCGUCGACAAACUCAUGAACAUUUACCCCACCCAAGCAGACAAAAUGAUCGAUAAAUACCAACCCGUCGACAAGUACCAGCCAAAGUAUGAGACCAGGCGGCCAGAGAAAUUCCAGAAGGGAUCUUACGACAAGUAUGUACCUAAGCCAAAAUACAACAAAAAAUCUUACGACACUGGUAAAUAUAGCAAUAAGCGUUACCAGAAGAAGUAUGACUACAGCUCUAAGUACCCCAGGAAGUACGAUUAUCCUGAGCCGACCUCCCGUCCCGUGUACAGGAGACCCACGGUGACCGAGCCCAGCGUCAACCAACAGGAGUACUACGCCACCCAGCCUCCAGUGAACAGGAGGAGAAACGCACGCAGAAUGCAGAGGCGCCGCCCCUCCAGAAGAAGGUCAUCCGGGUACUAAACUCACCUCUUCACAUUAGAGAUCUCCACCAUAAUUAGCUGAGCGAUGCGGUCAGCUUCUUGACUCGAUACCGGACUGCCCCCACGAUUACUGACGACGUACUGUUUUGAUAUUUGUAUAGUAAUAAAAUAACAUGACUCUGAA